AAGCAAAGGGGAACCAAAAAGAUCUCGAUCCUUGCAUCAAUGGAGUCGAGGGGAGAGAAAUUGAGCGACCAGCGAUCGUGACCUUUAGUUCUUAUCAAUGGCGGAUCUGGGCUCGGCUUGAGUCUUCAGUCCCGGCCAAGUUGAGAUGAUUUUUUUCCCUAGGGUCUGUAUUCAUCUGUUGGAUGCCUAGUGGAACUUGUCUUCUAUUUCAUGAGAGCUCCUGCUGAGAAUUUGAAUUUUCUUAGGAGGUCCGGUUUCAGCUUCGGAUUCGUAACUUCCUUCUGUUUUGCUACCUGAGGGGAGAAUUUGGGGUUUUACGGUUUUCUGUGUGUUUAUUCUAAUUCGUUUAGUUAUGUAAAACAACAAGAAGUUGAUUCGUGCUCAAAUUGAGGCCACCAAUAUCAGAAUCUUUUUCUUUUCGGUUGAAUUCCAUGAAAUUCCAAUUUCAUUUGGAUCACCGUAAAAAUGCAGAAUUAACGCCUAAAAUUCCAACCGCGGAGAUAGGUUUUUUUUCCAUUCACUAACUCCGCGUAGUUAUUGCUCCCAGUCACUAAAUUUUGCAAAAUUCUUGCUAAAUUUUGACACCUGGGCUUCCUUGUUGCAUUUGGAAUCGGAAGUUGUCGUUAUUUUCUUUUCUCUGUUGUUUGCAAAUCCCGAUCUAGGAUGUUUCUCGUCCUGCUACGUUCGUUGAGAGUUGGUUCGAGAUGAAAGGUGACAGACUCACUAUCGAUUGGAUUGUAAAGGGUUCUUUAUGAAUUUGAACAGAUGGCUUUAGAUAUUCAAAAGAAUAGUUAAUUCAUUUUGGUCGUUCUCUCUUUGGGAAUUUAAGACGCAAAUGGAGUGCCAGAGAGAUGAGGCUGCUGAAUCCAAGGCAAUUGCUGAGAGAAAGUUCUCUGAGAAUGACUUGUUGGGUGCUAAAGAGUACGCCUUGAAAGCACAAAAACUGAACCCUGAGUUGGAGGGUAUCUCUCAGUUGUUGACAAUACUGGAUGUCCAUAUUGCUGCUGGAAUUGAGAUCAAUGGUGUCACAGACUUUUAUGCAGUUCUUCAGUUGGAUCCCUGGGCUAAGAAAAGAACUGUCAAGAAACAGUACAGGAGAUUGGCUGUUAUCCUUCAUCCUGACAAGAAUCGAUCUUUUGGUGCUGAUGGAGCAUUUAAGUAUGUCUCAGAGGCAUGGAAUGUUCUGUCGGAUCAAAGCAGGCGAUCACAAUAUGACCAGAAGAGAAAUCUACAGUCAUCUGUAACAUCACAUAGGAAGGCUUCGCAGUCCAGCAGCAAGGCUGCAGCUUCCUUCUGCACAAGUUCUCAUGUUGCUGCAAACGUUGGCAAUAAUUCUCUGGAGGGGACAGCUAGUAGUGCAUCCCACACUCAGACUUCAGAGGUAGCUUACGUGGGACCACCUCAGUCGUCUUCCCAUCAUCAACUAAAAUCACUCACUUUUUGGACAGAAUGUACAUCUUGUAGAAUGCAGUAUGAGUAUCUUAGGAUCUAUCUCAACUAUCGGCUCAUUUGUCGAAACUGCAGAAGCUGUUUUUUGGCUAUAGAAAUUGCCGUCGUUCCUGUAAAUGGUUCUGAUGCCACGUUUAAUUGGUCACUUACAUGCGAGGAUGGUCAAAGCGAUCAUAAGCAGAUCAGGAAGCCGAAUUCGACUGCUAAGGACAAAGACAUGCUAAACUCUGCGAAGAAAAAUUGCACCAUGAAUGAUUUUCAUGAGACAUUUUCAGGUCUUGGCAAGAGUCUGCCACAAGAAAUGGCCCAGAACACAGAAAGGUCCAUCAAGCGAAGGAAAGCUGAGAAAGGUUUCUGUGCUUAUGAAGAAGAAGCUCUUUCUGCUGUUGGAAAUGGCAGUUCCAUAGCAACAGUGAAAUCUGCAGGAAGGAAGAAAAACAAGGUUGCCAAGGCCGGUCAAAAUAUGUGCACAAACCCUUCCUAUGAAAGCGAUGGACCAGGUGCAGUGCAGCAGAAUGGUUUGUCCAAUGGGAAACCUUCAAACCAAGAUGAUGUGAGAUUUCUGGUCAAACGAUCUGGUGCUGCUCCUGCUUUUGAUACUCGGAAGUUGUUAAUUGACAAGGCAAGGAUGGACAUAAGGAAGCGAUUAGAAGAGAUGAAAUCUGCACAAGCAACAGAGACAGCAGAGGAAAAGCCAAAGCCAAUGGAGUCCCUUCAAUUCAAGGUUGUCAAAUUUACAGGCUUUUACAAAGACAAGUUACCAAAAGCUGAUGAUUCAGUCGGUGCUUCAGAAGAUGAGUUGGAUUUGUUGAAAGUACCUGAUCCAGACUUUUAUGAUUUUGAUAAACACCGGAUGGAGAAUUGCUUUCGGCGAAAUCAGAUAUGGGCUCUGUAUGAUAGUGAUGAUGGUAUGCCACGUAUUUAUGCCAAAAUUCGUAAAGUCAUUUCUCUAAUCCCUUUCAAAGUAGAAAUUAGUUAUUUGAAUGGUAAAGGAAAUGACGAGUUUGCUCCAGUUACAUGGGUCAAUCACAGGUUUGCUAAAUCAUGUGGUAAUUUCAAGGUAGUAGAAAAAGUGGAGAUGAUCGAUCAAGUCAAUGUGUUCUCUCAUAUUGUUCAUGCAGAAAUUCAAAAGAGAAAGAAAGUUCAAAUAUUCCCUAGAAAAGGUGAUACUUGGGCUAUUUACAAGAACUGGUCAGCUGAUUGGAGCUCCUGUACACCAGCUGCAGUAAGACACAAAUAUGAAAUGGUGGAGGUUCUUGAAGAUUACACAGAGAGAGAAGGCACAUGUGUAGUUCCACUUGUUAAAGUUGCUGGUUUCAGGACUGUAUAUGGAAAAGAUAUGGACCCAAAUGCUGUUCGAUGGAUACCAAGGAAUGAGAUGCUUCAGUUUUCACACCAGGUUCCAUCUUGGAACCUCACAGAAGCACAAGCUAAGAACACGCCAAAUGGUUGUCGUGAUCUAGACACUGCAGCCACCCCACAGGAAUUGCUUUAUGCUACAGCAGGAGCAGAAGGUGAAAUAACUAGUGCAUCAUAGCCUGGAAACUGUUGAACACACAGAUGGGGAGAUUAGGAUACAAAAUAUUGUCUGAUGGACAUGGCCAGGUUUGAGAAAAAUGCACAUCAGGAAAAUUCCUGGGGAUGACUUUUCUUAGAUAAAUGCAUUGGAUGCUUCAUGACCAAAUUCGAAGGUCAUGAAAGUUGACAUUUUCUGCCGUUCAUUAUCUGUUAUUUUUAUUUUUUAGAUAAUUCUAUCCAAGUAUUUGGAUUUAACCCAUGAUUAUUGUACUUUAUGAAUCACAGAGACCACAGUAGCCGUUUUGUUAUUAGAAUCUAAAUACAAGCAAAUUUAUUUGUGUUCUCCUGCGACACAAUGCAAUUUA